AUGGCAGCUCCUCCGCCGCCGCCACCUCGUGGAGGGCUGUCGCUUUACGAAAACCUCCUCGAUCCCAAAGACGCAUCUUCUGCCUCGACGACAAUCUCAUCGGCGCCCGUUCUUUACAACCAAUCAGAUAACAAUUCUUCCGAAAAUACUGUUAAAAAGGCUAUCGAUCCAGCCCUCCGCUUCCAGCCCAUUCGUCGACCGCAAGCCAAGCAAGCGAAACCGAAAACUGCGUUCCCCAAACCUACAGCCCCUAAAACGACAGCCCCUUCCGCCCCUCCGGCUCCUGCGCAACCAAAAAGCACUCUUGCAGACUGGGCAGCGACAGAAGAAGAUGAGUGGUUAUAUGGAACAGGCGAGAAGCGCCAGCGCGGAGGGCGCAAAAAGAAGAAGAAGAGGCAACAGCAGGCUGAGAUCGAAACUAAUUGGGACGACAUUUACGAUCCUACGCGACCAACAAAUGUGGAAGAGUACUUGCACAGCGACGAAAAGGUGAUGGAAGUCAGAGAAUGGAAAGCUCUACUUUACAGACAUCGGAGGAAGCGCGACGAGAGCGACCUUUCAGAUGAUGAAGAGGAUGCGAGACAUGUUACAUCUACUCAAUUCGCACCGCCUGCAUCCUACGCCGCUGUUCCUCCUCCCCCGCGAUCUCCCCCAGCACCUCCGCCAGACGAUGCGACAGGAGAUGACGCCUUUGCGCGCCGGUCAGCCAUGUCUCAAGGACAAGCUUCUCAACCUCCUCCUCCACCAUCACCUCCUCCGGCCUCUAACUCGGCUACCAUAUCGCGCGCUCCCGUACGAUACACGCAGUCUGAAGCGCCCAAGGACGAAGGUGAAGACGAUGCAUACUCUCCACCUCCAGCUCUCGGCGGUGGUUCCGCGGUUGAUGAUCUCGAGCGCGACUCUCUACCCCGAUCAAGCCGACCAGGACAAGCGGGCUUUGCUCAUCGCCUCAUGAGCAAGUAUGGUUGGACAAAAGGCACCGGCCUUGGCGCUGAUGAAUCGGGUAUCGUCAAUCCUCUCCGCGUUCAAGUCGAGAAGCGACGAAAGAAAGCCGACGCCGAUGGUGGUGGUUGGGCGGAACCUGGUGGCAAGGGCAAGAUCAUUGGCGGCAAGCGCAAGGUAGAGGACACAGGCAAAUUUGGUCUCAUGAGUGACGUGAUUGUGUUGCACAACAUGCUCGAGAAUAUGGCCAAUCUCGAGGAAGAGAUUGCUGAAGGCCUAGGACAAGAGAUUGGAGAAGAGUGUGGAGAAAAGUACGGACGUGUUGAGAGGCUAUAUAUCGAUCAGGGCAGCAGGAAGGUGUUUAUCAAGUUUACGAACCAAGUUUCUGCGCUCAGGGCUGUGAACGAAUUGGAUGGGCGCGUAUUUAACGGCAAUGCCAUUGUCCCCAAAUUCUUUAGCACCGAAAAGUUCGAGAAGGGGCUAUACGAUUAG